AUGCAGUGGGCGGGUCUAAGGUCGCAGGCGCCGGUUCCCACGGCGGCGUGGACGGGGCCGAGGCCAAGAAUCGCGAGGUGGCCGCAGGGUAGAUUCACUGCAGCGCGCCGGGCGCUGGUGGCGUCGGCAGCGGCCUCGGACGCUAAUUCGAGCUCGAAUUCACCGGGGAAGGACGAGGAGAGGGAGGAGGUGGUGCAGAGGGAGAAGAAGGAGAAGGCAGUCGCGUCGCUGCUGAUGAGGAGCCAGAAGUACGCCAUGCUAAAGCAGCAGCUCGCCGUGGCCGCCCAAUUUGAGGAUUACAAGGAAGCAGCGAGGCUGAGGGACUCGCUGAGGUCGUUCGAGGAGGAGGAGCCCGUGCUGCGCCUCCGCCGGUUGAUGAAGAAGGCCAUUGACGAGGAGAGGUUUGAGGAUGCUGCUAAAUACAGAGAUGAAUUAACGAUUUUGGCUCCACACUCCCUCCUCAAAUGUUCUAGCGAUGCAACUACUUUGGGGAUUAGAGUUCAAGUCAGGAGCGUCUAUAUUGAAAGCCGGAGCCAGCCAUUGAAAGGCCAAUUCUUUUUUGCUUAUAGAAUUAGAAUCACGAAUAAUUCUCAGCGCCCUGUUCAGCUUCUCAGAAGACACUGGAUUGUUACAGAUGGAAAUGGAAGGACGGAAAAUAUUUGGGGAGUUGGAGUAGUGGGAGAACAGCCUGUCAUAUUUCCGAAGACUGGUUUUGAGUACUCUUCUGCGUGCCCAUUGAGCACUCCAAAUGGGAGAAUGGAAGGUGACUUUGAGAUGAAGCACAUCGACAAGGCUGGAUCAUCAACAUUCAAUGUCGCAAUCGCGCCAUUCUCUCUGUCAAUUCUUGGGGACGACAAUGAUGUUCUGCUCUAA